AUGUCUUCUGCAUCCACUACACCUGACCUGGCAUGUGUCCACACAGGUUGUGAUGUAGUACCAUUUUUAAGUGAGGAAUCUGUUACUCGUAUGAAUGGCAUAAUUGAGCAAUUUAAAUUGAUCGAGUUACCAUUGGAAAGUGGUUUAUUUCAAAUCAUUGGAAAUUCUUCUUUACAAGUAUCUAUCCCAUCACGUCCAUCAAAUUCAACAUUGCAUGCUCAAAGUCAUAUUUAUUAUAUGUUAACAUCUUUACUUCCGAAUAAACCCCAUUUAGCAUAUAACUACUUACAUUCAAUCGACUAUGCUGAUGAUUUGCACAUAUUAGUCGAAGGAGAUAGUGUGGAUUAUUACUUAUUUUAUGAUGAUGGUCAUGUUGAACAUAAAAUUUUAGGUCAUGACUAUGCUGCUGGAAAAGUACCAAUGAUCACAACUCCAGGGACAAUUGCUUCGAAAGCGCUCAAGCUACGACAUGGGAAACAUGGAUUUGCCUUCAUCGUCAGUGUUCUAACACCAGAAUGGUCCUCUGAUCGAUGUAGUAUCGGAGCUGGCCAAUUGUUCCUUGACAAAUACAUUGGAAAAGAAGCAUGGUGUACGAAAGAAUUUCUAAAAGAACUAAUAGGACCAAACUGGAAGGACAACAAUACAAUAGAGAAUCAGUAAACACAAUCAUCUGUCAUCAGUUAGUGUAGUAAUCGAUAUAUGACAUGAAUUUUAAGCACGAUGCAGCUAGCUAAAGUUUCUACUUUCUUGUACCGUAAGCUUUCUUUUUAUACUGACAUAUGUUGACAAUGAUAUACUAAAUGUAUUCAUAAGGACAACAAAUUUAAUCAAGCACUAUUUGAUGACUUUAAACAAUCAGGUCAGGAAAGAGAAUUAGGUCAAUAUGGUCUCGAAGCAUACUAUCAAGUGAAAACAGUUGUUGUUAAACUUGUUUGAGGAAAAACAAUAGAAAUUUUUCAUGAAGAACAGCUAUUUGGAUUUGCUUGUUUAACUUUCUAACAUUUGUGUAGUUUGCUCUCUAAACUCUUCUAUGUAUUGUGAAAGUCUGACUAGUAUGUAUAACUAAUUUAAAUAAAAUGUUUAAGUGCAAAGAAUAGAAUACCACGAACAAUAGGUCGAAACAACUCGCAAUUACGGUAAUAACUCGUAUAAAUGAUCAUAAUCUAGUUUCAAUUUAAGAUACAUAAUUAAUAACAUUUAAAAUUUUAUUGUUUAAAAGACUUUAAACAAAAUACAAUACAAAGAAACAAAUUGAUUAUUAAAGAAGGAAAAGUAUGAUCGAUUCUUUUCUGCUAUCGUAAAACAUUACUUAUUGAUGAUAUAUAUAUAUAGUGAAUCUAAAGAAGUUUUUAUAUAUAAUAAAUUUUUUGAUUGUUCCUGUUCUCUAUCAGCUAAGUGACGUCAGUUUUGAACAAUAGCAAUAAUAUUCUUGAAAAAAAUGUUAAUUUGUUAACUGAAAUCACGUAAGUAGAUAUAUGAUAUUGGUGAAGAGAAUGCUUUAGCCUGUUAUUUACAACGCUUUUGAAAUCCA